AUGGAAGACGCUGAGAAAUACAUUGGUCAACAUGUCGAGAUGGUGGAGGACAAUGGUGGACCUCGACCGCUCCCCGAGGCCGGCAAGGUUAUGGGGACGGUCAAGUUAACUGAGGAUACGAUUAUCUACAUUCCCACUCCGACUGCGGACCCGCAAGACCCUUUGAACAUGGCGCUCUGGCAGAAGAUUGUGGUUCUGAUGGUCAUUUCAACCUUUUCGGCUCUGGGAUUAUGUCUUGUCUCUGGUUUUGGAGGGCUCUUGACAUUCUAUAUACCCGACUACGUGGCUGCGGGUAAGGACUAUGCGGAUAUCACCCAGUUAAUGACAUACCCGACAUUGUUCAUGGGAAUCGGUAAUCUCAUCGGAAUGCCACUCGCCAUCGCCGUCGGUCGCCGCGUCGUCCUCCUUGUAUUCACUCUGGUCCUCAUCCUCGGAGCCGUCCUCUGCGCGGUUGCAGAGACAUAUGAGUGGCACCUGGCAUGUCGAAUGGUACUCGGACUUAGUGCAGGGCAGAGCGAAGCGUUGGUUCCUAUGAUCACACAGGAAAUCUUCUUCCUCCACGAGCGAGGAAAGUGCUUGAUGAUUCAACAGGCCAUCCAAGUCCUUCUCACAACAAUCUGGGUCCUCUUUGCCAGCCCCAUUUCUGCCGCUAUAUCGCCACAGGGCUGGUAUUUCCUUGCCGCUGGCCUGGCAGGCCUUCAAUUCCUUGUUGCUCUGGCGCUGCUUCCCGAGACGAAAUAUGAUCGCGACCUCUCUGCUUACCAGGAGGAUCUGUCGGAUGAUAAUGCUACUGGAAAUGCAGACAUUGAGGCCUAUGGUCCUGCUAAACCAACUGUCAUGGUGUGCAAGCAGAAGCCACCCCUCGAUUUUGUCAAUUACUCGCCUCGUACGUGGAGAUCCGAUUUGCGUCUUUGGAUUGGCAAGCCUGAAUGGCACAAGGCCGCAGAAGUUCUCAAGCAAACUGUGGAACUACUCUUUUUCCCCAAUGUCUUCUGGGCCCUCUGUCUCAACGGACUAACCAUCGGCGUCAACAUCGCCAUCGGAACAACAUACGGCACAAUUCUCACAGGCUCCCCAUACAACUGGCCCGACUCAAGCACCAGCUACGUCAACUGCGGACAAAUAAUCGUCGCACUAAUCGCAUUACCUCUACUCGGAUCCGGAUCCGACAGACUUAUCCGAUGGCGAGCUCAACGCAACGGCGGCAUGCACGAACCUGAGACACGAAUCCUCCCUCUCUUCUUCCCCAUCGCCGUUGGCCUGUUCACCUCUGUACUGUAUGGGCAGGGAGCAGCACACCCAGAAAAAUACCACUGGUUUGUAUACGUGUACGCAGUGGCCGGAUAUUACUUUUGUUUUGUUGCCGCCAAUAUCGUGGCUAUAACGUAUCUUUUAGAUAGCUAUCCGGCCCGAGCGGGUCCUCUCUUGGUGAUUAUCUGUGCUUUUCGGGGAUUUAUUUCGUUCGGAACUAGUUAUGGUAUCUCUGCCUUUGUCGAGAAUGAUGGGUAUGAUGGAGCUUUUGGAAUUUUCGGUGCGCUGACCGCUGCGCUGGGUCUGCUUGGGGUUCCGAUUUAUUUCUGGGGGAAGAAUAUUCGGCAGUUUACUGGGAAAUUUGCGAAGAGCAAGACUGACUGA